CGGGGUUGUUGGGGAAUAAAGCACAAUCUUAACGAGCAACUUGGAUCUGCUACGCCGGAAACUUGCCAUUGGGCGAAGAUCGGGUUACAGCCAGCCGUGAAUAAAGGAGAGCAAGUAAACUGUGUUUCGGAAUCGUCGUCCUGGUGGGUCAGUCAGAAUAAACUCGAGUCGUUCUUUUCCGCUUACGUCCUCGGCCUGUUACGAAGUGGAUCUCGGGCGUACGCAACGGAGGUUCAGAGCAGCGCUACGUAUGACAUGAGCUGGCGAACGGUGUUUAUAGGGUAA